AUGAAGCGACUCUUUCGCCGGCUCAAGUCUGACAAGGACCUCAACGCUUCGUCUGGCCCAUCAAAGAACGCAAAAAACGGGAAGAAGAAGGCGGGAACAGACGAGCCGGACGAGUUCGACCGCGACCGCGCGUGGUGGGAGACAGACGAGGACGUCGCGUACUUCCGCGCCCAGGCCCAGCGCACCCAGACGCUCCAGGAAGCCCGCGCGUUCCUCGAUGCCCAGCUCAAAGGUGCCGUGUCCCCGCCGUUCUUUGACGACAUCGUCCUCGACCCGGGCGCGGCGGCGGGAAAGACGCCCGAGGAGCUGCUGCUCCAGCAGCACGCGCUGUCUGCGUCGAUGCAGGCAUUUGCGCUGGGGCGGUUCGGCGAGGCGAAGCAGUAUUUGCUUGCGCUGAGCGGGAGCGAGCAUCUCCCCGCCACGUGGUUCCGGCUGUCGUAUAUCUGCCUCUACCAGGGGUAUCGCACUGAGGCAGCGGAGUACGCGGAGAAGGCGAAGCAGGCGUUGAUGGACGAUGAGAAGGCGGACAAGGUGCAGGAUCGGGUAAAGAAGAAGCAUGAGCGAUUCAAGGAUUUGCUGAAAGUGUGGUGGGCAUGCACGGUCGACGAAGACUAUUCUGUCGCGAAGCUCGAGGGACCGGAGUCGUUGAGUGAGCUCAUGGAGUGGGCUUACGAGAAGUGGCUGGUUGGUCUGGAGGGCAAAGACUAUGAUUCCACUUCGUGCUUCCUCCUGAUAAUGUAUUGCGACGUCACGGGCUCCAACCCCUACUAUCCCGGUCGAGGGCACGUUGUCGAAGCGAUCAUGGAGAACCGCCUUCGCAGCCAACACUAUGCCGACAUCUUCCAGCUCAUCAUCUACAGCGAGAAAUCGCGCGGCUGGGGCGACGGCGCACGCCUCCAACGCGAACUCGAAAAGUACCCAUCUUCAGGGCGUCUCUCCGCCGACCACACCGCCCUCCUCGCCGCUGUCAAAGUGCACCGCGCGGAACAGCUCGAGAAAGACGGCAUGGCGGGCAAGGAGCGCGAGAAGCUCUACAUGGCCGCGCUCAAGGACUACAAGAAAUCCGGGCACGCGUGGGGCCACCUCACCAUCAAACUGCGCCAGCUGCUCUACGAGAAAUCCGCGCCCCUCACAUUCCGCUCCAAGGUCGCGGAGGCGGACAAGCUCCAGGCGAAGUUCAUCCAGGGCAUGGUCGACGUCACCGAGGGCUUCGCCGUCGCGGACUUUCCGAAGCGCCAGAUGGACUACUACGAGAAGCUGUUCGAGAUGCUCGCGCCGACGAGCGAGCAGACGAGCUACGAUAUGGCGUGCGAGCUGCGCGGGCUGUAUAGGCGCACCGGGCGGUGGGGGCGGUACUGGGCGACGCAUCUGAUGGUGAUGGCGUUCGAGGUGAUGCAGGUGCCCGAGCUGGGCUCGUUCCUCGAGGACGCGCAGAACGUGCCGCAGGUGUUCCUCGAUGCGGACCCGGCGCUGCCGGUAAUGCGCACGCGGAUCUUGUUCUUUGUCGCGUAUAGGACGGGCGACGCGGACAGGGUCGUCGAGCAUGGGCAUGCGUUUCUCGAGGCGAUGCUGAUGCAGCAUGGCGAGGCGGUCGCGAGCGAGGUGGCCGAGAUUUUGGGGGCGGCGCUGAUGGUGUUCGAUCCGCAGGCGCUGGAUGUGGAGAAGCGGAUGGAGAGGUUCGAAGAGGGGAGACAGUUGCUGUGGACGUGGGCCCAGAAAGACUUUAGGGGCGCGAGGGAUGCACUGUGCGUGCGCAAAAACUUUGUUCUCGCUCGCGGUCUGCUCGAGUUCAAGAACCUCAUGCCGGACCCCGAGGCUGCGGUGGAGGAGGCAAAGAAAGCGCUGGCGGAGGCGCGCCAGCUCGGUGGUGGCGGGGGAAGGCCGCCGCCAAAGUUUUCGUUUCUUUCUCUUGGUGGCCAGCCAGAGGCUGCCGAGCAGAGGGAAAGGAAGGCGACAUUUGCCAUCCGUUACGCGCUCGUCGAGUCGCUCCUGUUCGACGAGUGGGAGGUCGAGGCUAUCAAGGUCGCCGAUGCCGCACUUCGCGAACACGGCCAAUAUGCGGCGCAGGAUGUCAUCGCUCAGCUCAAGCUUCACACGGCGAGGCGGCGUCUUCGGUAUACAGACACGCUACAAGAUGCGCAGACAAAGCACGACACGCUCGUUGUUGCGGUCAAGGAGCUCGCCGAGGCGCUCGAUGUAUUCGCUCAGACCGCGCAGAUCUCAGACAUACUGGAGUGCAAAUACUGGCAAGCCGCCGCUUUGGUCAAAGCAGACCAGCCAGAAGCAGCGAACGAGGUCCUCGUUACGUGCGUCAAGCUGCUCGACAUCCUCAUGGACGACGCGCCCGUGGCCUCCGGCGGCGGCGUCUCCUCGCUACGAUAUAAACGCUCGCUCGCGACCAGCACCGGCGUGCGCCGCAUCUUCGCGCUCGGGCUGCAGAUCGCCCUCGCCGCGGGCGACGAGCAGCGUGACCUCGCGUGGCAGUGGGCGCAGCACGCCAAGGCGCGCGCGCUCGCGGACAUGCUCCGUCUGAACGGGAGCCAGAUGGACCGCGUCCCCGCGGUGUACUUUGACGGGCUCGCGUGGGCGUACCGCCAUGACGCGUACGUCGAGAUGAGCGUCGACGCGCUCGCGCCGCUCCUACGCAUGAGCACGCUUGCGAAGCGGCUCAAAGCUCCGCCCGGCAGCGGCGGGGCGAGGCUGGAGGAGCGAGCGGACAUCAAGCGCGAGAUGCACGAGCUCAAGGGGAUCAUGCGGCAGGACCCGACGGGCAGCCUCGCGGGCUCGCUCGCGGUGCUCACGGGCGCGCCCGCGAGCCUGGACGAUCUUCGCUGGGUAUCGCUCUGCACAAGUGAGCGCGUGCUGUUCUUCGACUGGGUCGCUGUUGGCGAUGUGCUGUACCUCAUCCGGGUGGAGAUCGCGGACGCGGUCGUGUUCCCGCCGACGCGGCCCGGCGAGCGUCCCGCGGAAGUCGAUCCGCGCAUCCGGGUGCGCAAGCUUGGGAUUACGGUCGGUGAGGUGGAGCAUUGGAGGUAUUCGGGUGUUGAAGGCAGCCGAUAUCUCGACAGGCGAGAGAUGAGCGGGCCAGACGCAUAUGAGAACCUCAACAUGCUCCGCGCGCUGGUGGAGCCUCUGAAGGAGCUCAGCGAGCCGGGCGACAUACUCGUUCUGUGCCCGACUGCGCCGAUGCACGGGAUUCCGCUUCACGCGAUCGGGAUCGAGGAGGACGAGGACGGCGAGAUGACGGUGCUGUUGGAGCGCAAUCCGGUGGUCUACACCUACAGCCACUCGGUUCUUCGCCAGUGCGUCGCGCGUGCAAAGAGCAACGUGUCUUCCCGCAGAGGUGCCGCGUUCUUCGGGGUAUACGAGCACCUGCCGGGGCGGGAGAACGACGCGGAGCCGGCGCGCAUCGUGCAGACGCUCGAGGCGCUCGCGGGGCAGACGCAGUUCGAGGAGAACUGCGUGUUUAUGCUCAACGACGCUGUCACGCCCGACGUGUUCCGCGACGAGGUGAGCAAGGCGGCGUCGCUCGUCCAUUUUCAUGGGCACACGCUCGACGCGGGGGUUGCGCUCGAGCAGGCGCUGGUGCUUGCGGGCCAGGCGCGGUUCUCGGCGGAGGACGCGUUCGACCUUGAGCUGGCGCAGGCGCCGCAUGUGACGCUUAUUGCGUGCGCGUCGACGGACCAGGCAACGGCGCCGGGCGACGAGCCGUUGGGCAUUUUGUCCGCGCUGCUGUUCGCAGGUGCCGGGUCCGCGGUGGGCACGCUGUGGAAGACGGCGAGCGCGGAUGGACGUGCGUUUUCGAAGGAGUUCUACGAGGCGUUUGAGGAGGACGAGUGUCUGAUUGGCCGGGUGUUUGAUGUGGAUGCGGGUGUGCGAGUGAUCAAUCUCGCGAGGGCGGUGCAGAGGGCGGCGCUGGCGAGCAAGGCGAAGAACGAGACGGAGGCGCCGUAUCAUUGGGCGACGUUUGUGUUGUAUGGAUGUUGGUUUGGAAGGGGUUGA